GCGUCCCGCGCAUAUUGCAAAUAUCUCGGCCCCAGGUUCGGUCUCGUCUCGCUCUCUCGCUGCUCAACUUGUUCGUUUCACACACACACAGACACACACAGACACACACAGACUCAGCAUGUGGUCAAAGAUUGCCAUUAGUGGAGCUCUGCUCGUGAUGGGUGGCGCUCUGGCCGCCAGCGUGGUGGAUAACUUCGCCUAUGUGGAUCGCUCCCUGGAGGUGGCCAUGCCCCAGGCAAAGCGUCAUGCGGCGCAGGAGUAACACGAAACGGCGGAAUGGAACGGAAGGGAACGGCACGGUACGCCAUGGAACAGAGUGAAACGGAACGGAGGAACUGUGCCGGAGGAAGUGAGAGAUCCCAGAACAACAGUUGGUUCAGUGUGCCAGAACCACUCGCUAGUUGUAAUCGACAUAUCAAAACUUACACCAUAAUCCCGCUUAUGUGCCACCCAUGUGCAUGCAUACAUAUGUACGUAUAUAUGUAUAUACUCGUACCAUGGGAGAGCCACAAGCCGCAAGCCACAAGCCACAAGCCACCAGCCACCAGCCGGAACUAGUCCUUGGCACUCCUCUGCUGCUGCUGCUGCUGCUGCUGCUGCUCCUCCGCCUCCUCCUACCUCCUACCAGUGGCCCCACGAACAACACCCCACAGAGGUGGCCCCCCACCCUCCCCCCUACAAUUAAGUUACACAUAUUCUAAUUUGUUGUUGUUUUCCUUUGUGUUUAUUUUUUGUAUCAUUAAUUUCUAUGUUAAGUGGCAAUUAAACGCCAAUGUCAAGCCAAA